AUGUCUAGCAACAAUCCCUCACAACUGCCUCUGCAAAUGGCGACGCCGGAUUUUGACCCAUAUAUCUGUGCUUCUCUCCAUAACAAAAUCGUCUCCUUCCUCACCGCGCAGGCUCCAGCACACAACAAUCGGAUUGUACAUAAUUUUUUCGAUGCAUACGGAGAUGAGGCCAAUGCAAUCCGUGACCGUUUAUCUGGACCGUUGAUCACCUUUCUUGAAAACAUUGAUAUCAUGAUUAGCAACGACCCUGGAUCCUCGCCGGUGAUGAAUUUUGCGCCUCAUCUCUGUAUGCCGAACCCAAAUGAGUUCUGGGCGUUUAAUGAAGGGUUACCCGAUCUGUCUGGCGAAGAGCAUGAGCAUUGGGUGGUACUUUAUUUGGCCACGGAGCAGGAACUCGGCAUCUCUGUGGAUCUAGAUACUCAUCUCUGCACCUGGCAAAGAGAGGUGAUGCCUUGGAUGCGUACUUGGUACCCGCUCCAAACAGCCCUUCAACUCUGGCUCAAUCUCUACGAAUCUGGCAAAUUCCAAUCUAGUGUCGGGCUCGAAGCUAUAUCCGACACCGCGUACUACAGACGAUAUAUCGCUGCUGAUCUUACCAGAGAUCUCGAAGCAUAUCAUAAUCUCCUAGUGGCUAUUCAAGAUCGAUCUCCAGGGAGUACUGCUAGUAUAAGCGAUGAACCCGGUUUUGUUGAUGAAGAAACCCUGGAUAGAUUCCGCAUCUCGGGAUUCUUACGUGAUUUUCUUCUCAAUGCCCGUCGACCAAGCUUCACGUAUAUUGCCCCAGGCUUGCAGAUCCCCUCUGCCACCUGGCUCCAGAAGACUCUGGAUGCGGACCGGGGCAGUGAACGGUAUAACUUUGUUCGACGAGACGGCAAGGUUCUCCGGGAUAACGAGCCUUGGGAACCAGACUGGAUGCAACGAGGAUCAUCAUCGAAUUGGGUCGGCGAGCCACUGCCUCUAUUCCCAGGUCCAAAGAUAGAGUCUGUCUCGGCGGCGUUUGAGCGAGAGAAUGUCAAGUUCCUUGUCAACAAAAUUAGUGGCCUGUAUAGUUGGCCAGACCUAAUAUCUCAAGACGCCAUGCGAUUGAUCCUGCCUAAUCCCAUCGGUGAUAAUGGUUGGGUUCGUGAUGGGAAUCCGGAUGCGAUGACAGAUGCAGAUACUGAAGAGGUACCAGAGAGUCUGGUAAAUAAUGAUUCACUGUAUCAGUAUGGAUGGUGUCCAUUCCUUCCAAGCCAUGGUCCGCAUUUGUCAACGAUUUUGGACAAUUGGAGACAAUUAGUUGAGGGCGGCGAGUGGUCGGUUGGAUCGGAUGGUGUGGAAGGUGGUAUUGAGGUUUUUAGAGACGCCGAUACUGAGGAACAUGCUAUCAGCUAUCGUCUGACAGCUUGUUUUGAUGGCUAA